AUGGCGCUGAUCAUUCGCCAUAUCUCGGGUGAGGAGGUGGCGCAAUUGGAUGAUGAAGAACUGGAAAGACUCGUUUUAAAACAUGGCAACAAAGUCAGGUCUUUGAAAGAUUAUUGCAAAUCUCUCUUUGGCACAUCUGUCUACAAGCAGCGCCUUCUUAAGAACGGUGAAAUCUUGAGCGAUAACCAUGCCUUGACGGACUUGAGCUCAGCAGAGAUACUGGGUCCUGAAGAAGAGUGGAUUUUAGUUCCGGCAUGUUUCUGGUUGAUUUUGCAAUCACUACAGGUGAAGUAUCAAAGUCAAUUGCAAACCCGGACCUCCUUGUGCCUGGUAUGCCUAUGCAUGCCUUGCAUAUUUUGUUCUUGGUGUGUUGUACGCUUAGCGGAGCUGACUUUUCCGCUUGCUGUUUUCCCAAGAAUCGAUGUCUUGAAGGAAUGGUUUCAGUCUGUGGCGGUGUGA